AUGAACAAUACAGAAACAUUGUUUAAUCGUUUAAUAACUGCAUGUGAAAUAUGGGAUUUGGAUGAGGUAAAAGCGGUAGUUGAAACCGGAUUCAACGUUGAUACUGCUGACGAUGAUCGUGUUACUGCACUACAAAUUGCUGCAGCUAACGGUAAUAUUGGUAUUGUAGAACAUUUAUUAGACAUGGGUGCCAAUAUUGAAGCCGACAAUCAGAUUGGUAUGACACCGUUACAUCAUGCAGCUAAAAAUGGUCAUUGUAAUGUCGUGAGGAUUUUAUUACAACGAGGAGCUGUGAUUGAUAAAUUAACGUUGGUGGUUACAAGUACAAUUUAUUACCGUUUAAGUUAUUAUGGUGCAUCAGCGUUAACGCUUGCUGCUUCUGAGGGUCAUACCGAUGUUGUACAAUUUUUGAUCAAUCUGAAAUUGAGCGUGAAUCCACAGGAAAAACGUGAUACAGCGCUAUGUCCAACACCAAUUAUGGCAGCUGUUUUCAGGAGACAUGCACAUAUCUGUGUUUUACUUGCACAAAGAGGUGCCAAUUUGGAUGAUAUUAUUCCACGACUAGACAAUUUAUCAGCAAUGUCGAUAGCAAUAACCUGUGAUGCUCGAGUUAUGGUCGGAACAUUGCUGGAACUAAAAUCUAAUCCAGCAUUCCGAACACUGGGAAACAGAAAACCGUAUGAAUUGGCAAAAGAUUUGAAACGCGAUGAAAUUUUUUUGCUACUAGAAAAUGCUCAGUAUCUUACAACCGAACGACGAUUACGACAACGGGAUAUCAGAGAGAUGAUUUUCAACCGAGAUGAAACUGGUCUUCGGAAUGCAUUACGGUCUGAACUCUUACAAAGUUUUCCAGAAAAAUGCACACCACUAAUGUAUGCAGUUUUGCUUGGCGAUCUUAAUAUGGUAAAAGUAGUUCGUGAAGAAACAAACGAUAUUAAUGCAGUUGAAGAAGUGCUCGGUUUAACAGCAUUAAUCAACAAUGAAAUGGUGGAAUAUUUGCUGAAUAAUGGGGCCGAUAUAACACAGGUAUCAAAAGAUCACUUUAACGCUCUCGAUUAUGCCUUUUCAUUAGGAAGCUUAGAUGCACGAACACUGUGUGUGAUGCAACUGUAUGUAACUUCUGGAUCUCCGGUACCUGUAAAAUUAGAUUUUCAUGGAAGCGCUAGUCGAAGUGGAAUGGCUAAGCUUUUUCAAAAAAUUGGCUUCGGUUCCAGUGUUAAUGGAGAAAAUCGUGAAAAAAAUCAAUCAGAAACGCAGCAUAUUGAAAAUUUAUUAAAUAUUUGCGCUAAACGAGACUCUGCUAAGCUUAAAACAGCUAAUCAAAUUUUACGGUCAACAACCUGUGGAAAAGAUCGUGAAAAUAUUGAUGAAUUUCAUAAACGACUUCAAAAAAUUCGUUCACUUGCUGAACACUCAUCGUCAACAUCUUUACGGACGGUUACGAGUCCAAUGAUACGGUAUUCCAAAGAAAAAAUUAAUACUGAUGAUUUUGAUGAUGGACGAUCGUCACCAUCCAGGCGAUCGCUUAAUCAGUAUACGUUUACCUUUAAAGAUAGAAGAAAUUCACUCAAAAAGUAA